AUGAUGUCUAAUGGCUCACAAGAACAACAACAAUCAGUUGUUUCAAAAGAAAAUUCUAUUCUAACAUGUCAGAGUGAUAUUCAACAGCAGCAAUCAAUUACUCAGUCAUCUACAGGAUCAACAAAUUCAGUAGCUUCCUCGUCGAUAAAUAACAAAUAUAAUGAAAGCUAUUUACGUGAAAAAUAUGGAAUAAAAGAUUUCAGAAUCAAUUUAGUGGAUUGUAUGAAAUGUUAUGUAAGAAUUCCACGUUGUACAUUACCAGACUCUAAGUUCGAACAACAACCAGUAUCUGAUACAAAUCAAAAUGUUCAAACAAAUUUGGCUCGUGAAGUACAAGAGUAUCAUGAAGAACAAGAAAUGGUAUUAGAAAAACAACAUCAUCAAACAACAUCAGAAAUUGUAGAAGAAAACUAUCAGCCUAUAGAUUAUUUAGAUGAUUACAAUCCAAUGAAUACUCUUAUUAUUGUGGACUUACCAUGGCCAGAAACAUCAGAAUGA